GCCGGCGCCGGAUGAGAAUGAGAUGGGGAUGGAGCAGGUCCUGGCGGAUCUGCAGGCGCUCAAGGGGCUCUACGGCCUGCUUCACAGGGCCCCCCAGCCAAAUGAAAAUUUGAACGAGGCAUCAAGAGAUAUGUUAAUGAAGAUGCUAGACAACGCUACUCAGCAGACUCUCCUAAGACAGGCAAAGCUGCUGUCAGGCCCCCUGAUGUCUCCUGCUGUGGAGAGGAAGCUCUCGAUCCAACCAGGCCGCCGGACAAGCGGCAACGCCGAGCAUCGCCUGAAGCCGACCGCGUCGCCCAGCCCCAGCCUCUGCGCCAGCCAGAUGUCCCGGAGGCUGAAGCCGCAGAGCUCGGCGAGAAGCCGGGACGCCCGCAGCGUGUACGACGACCAUCGCCGCCGCGAGAGGGACGGUCGUCUCCUUGCUCGCGUCGACUCCGGCCGCUCGUCAAGAACCGCGAUGCCGCAGCUCCAUCAGAGGACUCCGGAUCAGCGCCUUUCCCGCCUCGCCUCCAACCGUUCGUCCAGGGUCGCCGAGCCGCGGCUCCAUCCGAGCACUCCGGAGCAGCGCCUUUCCCGCGUCGACUCCAACCGCUCGUCCAGGGUCGCCGAGCCACGGCUCCGUCCGAGCACUCGGCCGGAGCAGCACCUUUCCCGCCUCGCCUCCAACCGUUCGUCCAGGGUCGCCGAGCCACGGCUCCGUCCGAGCACUCCGGAGCAGCGCCUUUCCCGCGUCGCCUCCAACCGUUCGUCCAGGGUCGCCGAGCCACGGCGCGGCGUGGCGAGCGGCAACGCUCCGCGCGCCGACCGCAGCGACAGGCAUAGCAGGCUGCGCGGGAGCUCUGGACGUGGUGAUCGUUCGUCGUCACCGUCGUCGUCGUCCUCGCCAGAGCGGAGCAACAGGCGCCGCUCCGUGUCCCGCGCGCCCUCGUCGCAUGGUCGCGCCACGGUGCGAGGAGUGGGGGCGUAUGGCUCCUCGACGCGUCGUUACAGCGGGAGGCUGGAGUCUGGGUUGUCCAUGGGCGUGAGGUCACGCCCCGGCUCCGAGCGGGCCGGACGCGGCGCGGCCACGCCGAGGCGAUCGUCGUCGAGCAGUGGCGAGGCGGCCACGAUAAGCAGCCGCAUCAGGCCGACCCGGGAACUCACAGAGCGCCGCGUACACGAAUCUGAAGAAAGCGGAGAACGGAGCCUUCGGCGGCGACAGAGGAAGGAAGGUGCCGUCGGUGGCAGCACUAGCAUGGGCUGGUCAAGCCGUCGGCCGCGGCGAGCGCUGGACCCAAUCACCUCCGGCAGCACGUACAGCAGCAGCUCGUCAGCUGCCGCUAGCCCGUCUCCCUCCGCCAGCCCCACGGCGCCAACAUCAACAUCGGCCCCUUCAGCUUCUUCCUACUCCUCGUCGGCGUCGGCGUCAGCGCCGCGGCGAGGCAGUGCGCUGCCGGAGCACAAAUUCAAGGAGGCGUCGAGCGCGUCAAGAAGUCGCCGGCGCCGGGAACGACAGGAGAGAAGGGAAGGGCGGCUACGAAUGUUCAAGGAGAAGCUGGCGCUGGUGUUCCACCACCGCCAUGACCAUCACCACCACCACCACAUCGGUGGCGGUGGCGGGCGCUCCGGCAGCCCCGUGCCCAGGCGCGACCGCCGCGGCAACAACAGCAAGUCGCCGUGGAGCUACCUCGGCGGCAUGUUCCACCGCAGCAUUGGCCACGACGCAAAGAAAAGCCACGACGCAAAGGAAAACCACGGCGCAAAGAAAAACCACGACGCAAAGGAAAACCAGGACGCAAAGAAGAAGACCACGAGCCGGACGGUGGUGCCGGUGCCGGCGCCGGCGAAGAAGCGCGGCGGGGGGCAAGCGCAGUCGCUGUUCGGCGCGCUGGUGAAGCACAAGUUGGGAGCGCGGAAGGCACCGGCGCGAGCUCCGACGGCGCGCGCGGGUACCCAGAGCAGGAUGCAGGUCAAUCACUGGUGGCAACUGCUGAGGCAACAGCACGGCCAGGCACAGCGUACCGGCAGGGCACGUCGUCGUUUAGGACAAGGGAAAGCACCGUAGUUUUCUGCGCCUGGGUCUGC